ACGAGGCCCAUAUACCAGUUAGGGCUGUUAGGGUCAAAUUUCAGAAAGAUCAUUUCUUCCUUUCUUCUGUUUCUCGUCUUUUCUCUCUUCUUCUUUCUCUUUCUUUUUGUUUUCAAAAACCCUAGGGUUAGGGUAAGCUUGGGGCGCGAGUAAGAGAGUGGCGGAUGUAAGUUUUUUCGGGAAGUAACGGAAGGAGAAGUUAAGAUGGGAGGCGCAGUUUCAAGGGAGAAAAGGAGAGGAAGGAAUCCGAGAAUGUGGGUUUAAUUUCUAGGGUUCGAGAAUUUAAUUUAUGAGUGAUGGAGGAAGCCUAUAAAAGAACGAGCAAGUGAGUGUUAGAGACACACCAAAACAAGCAUUUUAGAACUCUAAGAGUGAGGGUUUGAGUUGAGUGAGAGACGCGGAAGUGCAGAGCUAGGUAGAAGUGGUUGCGACGUGAAGAAGAGCAAAUUUCCAGGUGCUGGACGAGGGGCCAAUGCUGGGCCAGAGGAGCUCUCUGGAAACCCAGCGCUGAGUGCCAGGUUGCACCGCUGGGCGGUAGAGAGGUUUCGCUGAGCGAGACCUGGGUGGCUCAUUUCUGGUUGGAUGAGGGCUGUUUUGGUGGUGUUUUAGGUGCUAAGUGCAUAAAUCAUUCUGAUUAUGGAAGAUUCUGACCAACCUGCCAAGUCAACUGAAAACCAGCAAACUGAACAAGUUUGUAGUUUUUUCAGAAAACCGAUAAAUAAAAAGAAUAUAAGGAAGCGGACUAUUGAUGAUGAAGACAAUGAGGAGGACUCAAACAAAGAAACUUCUGUGUUGCAUGUUCAAAAGAAAACCUUAAAGCCUGACAAUAAGUUGUUCUUUUCCACUGGCUCGUCAAAAAGUUCUGUAUCUGCUGAACCAAGUGAAGAGUCAGGAAAACCAGUCUUUCAAUUUGAGUCUUCAAAAGAGAUUCAAGUUCAACACGAUAGCAAAGCAACAGCAACUCUAGAGACUGAGACUGAGUUUUCGAAAGAUGCUCGUGCCAUCCGUGAAAGAGCUCUCAAGCAAGCAUCAGAGAGUCUAAAAGGGAAAAGUGCAAGGCCUGAGGAUGAAAAAUUAUAUAAGGGGAUGAACAGUUACAAGGACUACAAGGCUGGCUUUCGUAGAGAACAAACAAUUGCUAGUGAAAAAGCUGGUGGAGCACAUGGUCCUCUGAGAGCUUCAGCGCAUAUAAGAGUUUCAGCAAGGUUUGAUUAUCAGCCUGACAUAUGUAAGGACUAUAAAGAAACUGGUUACUGUGGAUAUGGCGAUUCAUGUAAGUUUAUGCAUGAUCGAGGGGAUUACAAGUCUGGUUGGCAGUUGGAGAAGGAAUGGGAAGAAGCUGAGAAAGCAAGGAAGAUGAGAUUGGCUGCAGGUGAAGGCGCAGACGAGGAGGAGGGUGCUAACUUGAAUGAUGAAGAUGACGAGGAUUCGUUACCUUUUGCAUGUUUCAUCUGUAGAAACCCCUUUGCGGAUCCUGUUGUAACCAAAUGCAAGCACUACUUCUGCGAGCAUUGUGCAUUGAAGCACCAUGCAAAGAAUAAGAAGUGUUUUGUCUGCAACCAGCCAACACUUGGCAUUUUUAAUGUUGCUCACGAGAUACGCAGGAAGAUGGCCGAGGAUAAAUAAAUAUUAGUGAUUAGCCUUAGAUGAAAUUUGUGUAAAGGGUACUCUUAUUUCUUUAAUUUUAAAGCCAUUAUUAGAUUUAGAAUCUGCUUUGAAAUGGGACCACUUUGGAAUUCUUUUUGCAGUCCCAUAAUUUUCAUGUAAACUUUAUGGAGUGGUUAAAUGACACCAAUACACUUAAUAUAAUAUAUAUUUAGCUUAAUUAAGUUUAAUAAAUUUUUAAAUUUUCAAUUGAA